AAACACGGCAAACACGCGUUUCACGUGACGUGAAAUGACCGAAGCUGCGGCGGACCUGGACAAUCCCAGUCUAACCUGAAGAGAGACUGGAAGUUGGAAGUUCGAGAGAAGCCGACGGUCGAGAGAGAAGCUGCCAACUCCCUGAUACUUAUACCUUUUUCCUACCCCCAUCCCACCCACUACCAUCACUACCCAUAAUGUCGACCGAUCCUAAGAUCCAGGACCUGCUCAACAAGCCCAAGAGCGAGCUCACUGAAUAUGAGGUCUCCCUCGUCGAGGAACACGAGCUCACCGCGGGCCCCCUCUCGCUCCUCCAGACCGCCACGCGCACACACACCCAAGUGCUGAUUUCGUGCCGGAACAACCGCAAGCUGCUGGCGCGCGUCAAGGCCUUCGACCGCCACUGCAACAUGGUCCUCGAGAACGUUAAGGAGAUGUGGACGGAGAAGCCUAAGGGCGGCAAGGGCAAGGGUGUCAACAAGGACCGGUUCAUCAGCAAGAUGUUCCUGCGUGGUGACUCCGUCAUCCUCGUCCUGCUGAGCUGAGCAAGCUUCUCAACCUCGCCAUGUACCUUCCGCGUGACAUGCUCCCCUAAAUCUCGGCGUCCGGGGGAGGUCAAAAGAAGUCGUGGCUCUCUUCCUCCGAGGAUCUUUGUCUAAAAAAUGCCCAGAUGAAAGGCUAUCGUUGAUUUGAGCGUUUUCGGCAAAUGCCAUGGGGAAAAGUCGGAGUGGGGCCAUGACUUUCUCAUUUGAUACCCUGGUGUUCGUUUGGCUUGCUCGAAAGAUGAAAAGGACUCCUCUCAGGGUCAUAUUGGGGUUCCAUGGGUUGGGGGAAGGGGGUCCAGCCACCCUUCCUACCCCCCCAAACCCGGGAGAUUUCU